CAUAACCGUUCUGAGGUCAGCCACAAAAGCAGUUAUUAACGCAUUUAAAAGCCCCCCUUCACAGAGCGUGUGAUUAGUGAUCGGGCUCCGUCACGCGUGAGCGCGCAGAGUGUGAUCGUGCAGUGACAGUCUUAUGCAAGCCGCCCAACACAGAGCCACGAUGUCCGACGCUGCUGCUCCAGCAGACAACAACGGGGAGCCUGGAUUAAACGGGUCAUGGGUAGAGCUGGAGAUGAACAGAAAUGCCGCCUCUCUGUCUUCCUCCGGCCUGAGUGCCCCUCUAGCCCAGGUAGUAGAGGAGGAUGUUGGGAUUGUGGGGGGGCUUGAACACGUUCCUUCAUCAUCUUCCAUCCACAAUGGAGACAUGGAAAAAAUCCUGCUAGAUGCCCAGCAUGAAUCCAGCCGCAGUAACUCCUCAUGCGACAGCCCUCCUCGACCUCACAGUCCUCAGGAUGAAGGCCAGAUCAUUUUCGACGUGGACAUGAGGAGGGACAGUCAGGAGGAAGUCAUGGAGAAGAUCAGAGAUGAUGACAUCUUAAUGAAGGAUUCAGACCGGGUGGCAGACUGGUCAAGUAGACCAGAGAAUAUUCCACCUAAGGAGUUUCAUUUCCGGCACCCGCGGCGUUCAGUGACUCUCAGCAUGAGGAAGACAGGAGCCAUGAAGAAAGGAGGCAUCUUCUCUGCUGAGUUCCUCAAAGUGUUCAUCCCCUCACUGCUUCUGUCCCACAUCCUGGUCCUGGGCCUCGGGGUCUACAUUGGGAAAAGACUGACAGCUCCCUCUGCAGGCUCCAUUUGAACACA